AUGCCGCCCGAUCUGGCACUCGCGGAGGCAGCAAGCAUGGCGGACGAUCUUAACCCUCCACGAGUGUCGUAUCACGGCAAUGUAGCCAGAGGUCAAGCAAGAGUCCUUUAUGGUAAUGUGCACGGGAAUGUCUACUAUGGAGAUGGAGUCCAACCUAAGCGCGACAUAGCCCGAGAAAUCUUAGCGAGUCUGCGCUUCCCUGGGAUGGAUCGGUACCACGAGCGACCUCUGGACAGCUUUCCUGGGACAUAUGAGUGGAUAUUUGACGGCAUCUCGACUAAUUUCAAGCAGUGGCUGACAGGUUCCGACGAGGUAUACUGGGUAAACGGCAAGGCAGGCUCCGGCAAAUCAUGCCUCAUGAAGUUGAUCUCCGAGCAUGAUAGAACAGCUGAGUUGCUGGAAGACUGGGCAGGCGGCCAGGUGACCAUCGUGCCAUUCUUCUUCUGGGCAGCAGGAGGCGAGCUGGAGAAAUCUCAGCUUGGUCUCAUGCGGAGUUUGCUAUUCCAAAUCCUCGACCAGUACAGCGACCUUGCGCAAAUCUGCCUCCCACAACGCUGGGCUGCGCACGAAAGGCGAUCCGAUUACGAGAAGCCAUGGUCUCAUAGUGAGCUUCAGAAAGGGUUGAGCAUGGUUCUGCGGAACGAACGCAUGACUUCGAGAUUCUUCUUCCUCGUUGACGGCCUGGAUGAAUUUGACGGGGAUCAUCAAGAUCUCAUUGAUUAUCUGGAGACCUUGAACACCUCGAAACGUGUUAAACUGCUAGUGUCGAGUCGACCUUGGAAUGUCUUCCACGCAGCAUACGGCCGCCCAGACCAAGCGUGGCGGCUGAGACUCCAAGACCUAACGUCCAAAGACAUGGAUCUGUUCAUUAUAUCGCGAUUUGAAAGCGACCCCAGAUUCAAAGCAUUGAUGGAAAGAGAAAGAUCUCGUCCUCAAUCUAAUGCAACUUACAGGCUUCGCCGUUUCGGAAUAGAAUUGCGGGAAAUGGCCGAAGGCGUAUUUCUAUGGGUGGACCUAGUCAUUAAGACUCUACGACGUGGUCUCAGCGAGCACGACACGUUGGCUGGCCUUUCAAAACGUCUCAUGCUGCUACCCAAAGAGAUAGACGCAAUGCUGCAACACAUUUUCGAUAGCAUUGAGCCCGUGUAUCAACAGCUUGCGGCGCGCUGCUUUCUCAUUUUGCAUUGCACCCCUAGCCGUUGGAAGGGAGUUCCUCUUACGUGGACUGCCUAUCUAGACCACGAACUUGAAAGUGCAUCGUCUGAUAUGCCUCACUUUGACGCGCACGAGCUGGAGAGAAACGAGCAUGGCCUCCAGGCUGUGGAGCAAAUGGUCAGAAGGUGUUGCAGAGAUCUUGUCGAGAUUCAUCAUCAUGAAGACAAACCCGAAGAGACCAAAACAUUUCCAGAAGAUUUCGUUGGCAACGCGUAUCUUCGCUAUGGACAUAAAACCGUGUUCGACUUCAUCGGAUCAAAAAUUGAAAAUGGAUGUCUGCAAGGUCUUGCCGGACCUGGAUUCGACCCAGUGAUUUCAAAGUGCCGAUUGCUAGUCCAAGUCUCUGCGCCUUCCCUUCCCGAACAAUUCGCCUACAUAGUCGAGGCUUUCAUGUACGCAACCUGUGGUCUGCACGACUUCAAGCAAAGCGAAGCGGAACUCGUAUCCCUGAGCAAACAAUUGAUCGAUAUAGGUGCAGCACUGGACAAUACGGGGCACUCUUUAUGUGACUCUCUGCAAGGCCAAGUGCUUGAGCUUUUAGAGUCCUAUAUUCAUUCUCAAGUUCGAAUCGACUUGGACGACGACUUGAGACUACUAGCUGGUACUCUCGUGGGCUUCACUGCGUUGGUCUUGGGACAAGAGCGCCUCUUCUGGUCCUUGGUCGCUACUAACUCGAUUGAUGGACCUGUGCGGAAAAGCGUGUAUGGAUGCGGACCUUUUCAAUCCGGAUAG